AUGACGACCCUCCUCGGCCUCCUGGCGCUUCUCCUCAUCCUCGCCGUCCCCUUCUACGUCAUCUACAAGCCCCCUCAGGCUCUCAUCCGCCACUUUGUCAACCGCUGGCCUGAUGUCCUCUGGCAGGUCGACACGGACGACAAGGUCGUCGCCCUCACCAUCGACGAUGCCCCUUCCGAGUACACCGAGCAGAUCCUCGACGUCCUCGCCGCCAACGAUGCCCAUGCAACCUUCUUUGUCAUUGGCGGCCAGGUUCCAGGCCGGGAAGACCAGCUAGCCAACAUUGUGCGAGGCGCCAACGAGCUCGGCAACCACGCCAUGCACGAUGAGCCCAGCCGGGCGCUCACAGACGCGGAGCUCACCGAGCAGAUCGAGACGGUCCGGGAGAACAUCCGCGCCGCCUACCACACCGCCGAGCAGCGCAUGCCGCCGCAGUACUUCCGCCCCGGUAGCGGCUUCUUCAGCGACCGCAUGCGCCGCCUGGUCGACAAGCUAGGCUACCGCAUGGUCCUGGGCAGCGUCUAUCCCCAUGACCCCCAGAUAGCACAUCCGUGGCUAAACGCCCGGCACAUUCUCAGCAUGGUUCGACCUGGCAGCAUCAUCAUCUGCCAUGACCGCCGCAGCUGGACUGCGCCCAUGCUCAAGACAGUCCUGCCUGAGCUCAAGAGACGUGGCUACAAGGUUGUGUCGCUAACCCAGCUUCUCAAGGCGGAGCGGCGAUGA